ACAGAAAGAAUUUACUUUCAGGUAUUUUUACCAAAGGGAAACAAAGAGAAAAGCAAACCCAUGUUCUUCUGCAGUAAGUGGAGUGUUGGCAAAGUAGUAGAUUUUGCAGCUUCCAUAGCAAGCCUUAAAAAUGACAACAACAAAUCAACAUCCCAGAAAUUGAGAUUAUGCCAUGCUGCCUCUGGAGAAGCCUUACCGUUUGAGCACACAUUGGAAACGUGGCUAUCUGAUAAAGACUAUCCAUUGUACAAUGGUGGAAAUAUCAUUCUGGAGUAUCUUGAUAAUGAAGUUCUGUUUCUAGAAGAUACAGAGUCAUACUUUAGUUAA